UUUGUUGAAGUGUUACGUUUUUAAACAAUGGGUGAAUUAAAUAAAGGAUUAGUGUCAGGAACUUACGGGCGAGCUGGUAUACUCGAAACACAUGUAAGGGGUGCAUGGUAUAGAGUAUUUGUUACGUUAGAAGAAGCUUAUUUAAGUAUAACAUUAGAUGAAUCUUAUGAAAAUACUACCACAUUAAAUGGUACAUUAAAUAAUAAUAUUGAAACACCGAGUGGUUUAAAUGAUACACCCGUUGUGCCGGAUUCGGUUGCAAAUCAAAAACGUAAUGUGCGUGUUACAAAAUCGGAUAAUAAUGGUUUAGGCAUAUCAAUAAAAGGCGGCAAAGAAAAUAAAAUGCCUAUAUUAAUCAGUAAAAUAUUUAAAGGGAUGGCUGCUGAUCAAACUGAAAUGUUAUAUGUGGGUGAUGCUAUUUUGUCAGUGAAUGGAAUUGAUUUGCGAGAUGCGACACACGAUGAAGCUGUCAAGGCACUUAAGAGAGCUGGGAGAAAUGUUGAACUUGAAGUAAAAUAUUUACGUGAAGUAACACCGUAUUUUCGUAAGGCUAGUAUUAUAUCCGAAGUAGGAUGGGAAUUACAACGUGGAUUUUUAUCAGGAACACCACCUAGUCCUAAAUCACCACAACGAUCGGAUACAAGAUAUCUCCCAUUACAAUUAUGUCAUUUGGUUAGAAAUUAUAAACAUCCUGAUCCAGAAAAUCGUACUUUAGAACUUCAUUCGCCGGACAGUGUGCAUAGUUGUGUAUUAAGAGCAGCGGAUACGAAUGAAGCAGCCGCAUGGUUCAAUAGCUUACAUUCUGCAUUGGCAACACUUACUUUAGCAGCAUUACAUGAAGCCAAUCGAACAUUAAGUACAUUAAUAGGAGAAUUACAUCAUAUAGGAUGGCUUAGUAGGAGGACUUCUAGUAUUGAGAAUGGGCGUUCAGCAAGUUCAGAGAGCUCUGACGAUUCUGAACGAUGGCAAUCAGUAUUUGUAGCCGUAACGGAUAAAGAGUUACGUUUAUAUGAAUCAGCACCAUGGUCAAUAGAAGCAUGGGGUGCGCCAGUAGAAUUAUGUUCGUUAUUAUCAACACGUCUUGUUAGCAGUAAUUCUAUACGAAAUUCAACUAGUUCCAAUGAAAUCAUUACAUUUAGUGUCCGAUGUGGAACAUCUGAAGGUGUUAUUACAUAUGAAUUACGAGCUGAAACCCAUAGAGAUUUAGCAAACUGGGCGAGAGCACUUGUAAAUGGUACCCACACGUGUGCACAACAACAACAGGAACUUGUAUGCCGAUGUUUGUGGAAAGGGCGACCUUGUCAAUUAGUUUUACAUUAUGAAAAUGGAUUUAGUUUAAUUGAAUAUGGAACUGGCGGUAACUCAUUAAUGCGUGGAGGAGUACGAACUUUAUGGAGGUAUCCUUUCGAUCGUUUAAAAACCUCAGCAGAUGAUGGAAACCGUUUGUUAUGGUUAGAUUUUGGCGGAGAAGAAGGAGAAAUUGAACUCGAUUUGGAAGGAUGUCCAAAACCAGUGGUAUUUAUUCUUCACAAUUUUCUAUCAGCAAAAAUACAUCGUUUAGGUUUAUAUGCAUAGUA